AUGCCCUCUCUAUUGAAGAUCAAGGAUAGCUCUGCCUUCCCGGCCCCAAAGUCAGUUUACAACUGGCGGGUGUAUGCCUUGGCCAUCUCUGCAAGCAUGGGCUCCUCGAUGUUUGGAUAUGACUCAGCCUUUAUUGGUGGCACCAUAACCUUACCAUCAUUCAAGAGCAGGUUUGGGCUUGACAGUGAUUCUAAGGAGGCUCUUGCUUCGCUCAGUGCCAAUAUCGUGAGCACAUUCCAGGCUGGCUGCUUCUUUGGGGCUAUUCUUGUGUCAUAUUUCACCGAGAAAUUCGGUCGCAGAAUACCCUUGGUAUCUUGCGGUAUUCUGUUCAAUUUGGGUGUUGUUUUGCAACUUGCUUCAUCUGGUAACGUUGGGCUCAUCUACGGCGGUCGUGCAUUGACUGGACUCGCUGUCGGUGCCUCCUCCCUCAUCGUCCCUCAGUAUAUCGCAGAAUGGUCGCCACCUGCGAUCCGAGGUCGACUAGUUGGAGUGUUCGAAAUGGUCCUCCAGAUGUCUCAGAUCAUCGGCUUUUGGGUCAACUAUGGGGUAAAUGAGCAUGUUUCUGCUUCUUCUGAUGCGCAGUGGAGAAUUCCUUUUAGCCUACAGCUUAUCCCUGGAACUCUCCUAGUCGUACUGAUGCUGCUACAACACGAGUCACCCCGAUGGCUGAUCAAAAAUGGCCAGCGCGCAAAAGCAAUUGAUAAUCUCUCUUUUGUCCGAAAACUUGCCAUGGAGGACGCCUAUAUUCAGUGGGAGGCUGACACAAUCGAGGAACAGUUAAGGCAUGAAGCUGAGGUUGGUGAUCGUCAGCCAUUCCUCGUGAAGAUCAAGGAAGUCUUUCUCCCUGGGAAUCGAAACCGACUUUUUAUUGGCAUGUCCUUGAUGAUGUUACAGAACCUCUCGGGCAUUAACGCACUCAAUUACUACUCACCUGUUAUCUUUAAGUCCAUUGGUUUCUCCGGUACUAGUGUUGGGCUGCUAGCAACCGGUGUCUUCGGCAUAGUGAAGUGUACAGCGACUAUCCUUUUCAUGAUAUUCGGAAUUGACCGUCUCGGCCGUCGGAAGUCUAUGAUCAUUGGCUCUUCAGGGGCCAUCGUCGCAAUGUAUUACCUUGCUGCCUACACCAAACUCUCUGGAUCUUUCGAAACUCCUGCAACUAGAGAUGCCGGGGCUUACAUAGCCAUUGUAAUGGUCUAUAUUUUUGCUAUUUUUUACGCCAUAUCCUGGAACGGUAUCCCGUGGGUUUUCUGUGCCGAGGUUUUCCCGACUGGUAUUCGAUCGAUUUCUCUCGUUUUUACGACAUGUGUCCAGUGGUUGGGGCAGUUCAUAAUUACUUACUCAACUCCAUAUAUGAUGGCCAACAUCACGUAUGGCACUUUCCUUUUCUUCGGAAGCUCCGUGGUGUGCGGUCUGAUUAUUGUGUAUUUGUUCAUGCCGGAGACUAAGGGCUUUUCAUUGGAGGAGAUGGAUAUUCUCUUCAGUAUCCGCGGCUUUGCUCUCGACAAGCGCCGGGGCGCAGAAAGUACUAUUGCUGAUCAGCGAGAGGCCGAACAGACGGUUGUUGAGAAUAAGGUUGGAACGCAGCAUAUGGAGAACACUGCUUCUGUCUAA